CGUUCAGGCCGGCUGGCCUUAAAGGGGACGCGGCCCUAGUGGCUGCUCGCGGGGUGGCCCCCGCUCCGGCUCCGCCCCGUUUCCCGCACCUCGACCCUCCCCCCCACUUCGUCCCGCAGCCCAGUGGCCGCGCCGCCGAGUUGGGCUCCCCUGUUCCAGACUUGUGCAGAGCGGGUGGAGAGGUUGGGCUUUUCAGUGGAAGCAGCAUCCCUGUCGUCUGGGACCUGGCGGAGGGCGUCUCCACUCUGGGGGAAGCAAAGGACCCGCCCUGACCUAGCCUGGCCCAGCCUGGUCCUGCCCGGCCUGAGCGCCCCGCCCAGGAGCUGACUCUGAGGCAGGGGUCACUGGGGUUCCAGAGCGUGGCCGCCAUGGACAAGAUCUUGGAGGCGGUGGUGACGUCAUCAUACCCCGCGAGUGUGAAGCAAGGGCUGGUGCGCCGAGUGCUGGAGGCGGCGCGGCAGCCGCUGGAGCGGGAGCAGUGCCUGGCGCUGCUGGCGCUGGGCACGCGCCUCUACGUGAGCAGCGCCGAUGAGCUGCCCCGCCGCGUGGGCUGCCAGCUGCUGCACGUGGCUGGCCGCCACCACCCAGAAGUCUUCGCCGAAUUUUUCAGCGCACGCCGAGUGCUGCGCCUGCUUCAGGGGGGCGCCGGGCCGCCGGGCGCCCGCGCGCUGGCCUGCGUACAGCUCGGCCUGCAGUUGUUGCCCGAGGGGCCCUCGGCCGAUGAGGUGUUCGCGCUGCUGCGGCGCGAGGUGCUGCGCACCGUGUGCGAGCGCCCGGGGCCCGCGACCUGUGCGCAGGUGGCGCGGCUGCUGGCGCGGCACCCGCGCUGCGUCCCCGACGGCCCUCACCGCCUGCUCUUCUGCCAGCAGCUUGUGCGCUGCCUCGGCCGCUUCCGCUGCCCGGCCGACGGCGAGGAGGGUGCUGUGGAGUUCCUGGAGCAGGCCCAGCAGGUGAGCGGGCUCCUGGCGCAGCUGUGGCGCGCGCAGCCCGCUGCCAUCCUGCCCUGCCUCAAGGAGCUGUUCGCCGUCAUCUCCUGCACAGAGGAGGAGCCACCAUCUAGCGCCCUGGCCAGUGUGGUCCAGCACCUCCCAUUGGAGCUCAUGGAUGGUGUCGUCCGGAACCUCAGCAAUGAUGACAGUGUGACCGACUCCCAGAUGCUGACUGCCAUCAGCAGGAUGAUCGACUGGGUGUCCUGGCCCCUGGGGAAGAACAUUGACAAGUGGAUCAUUGCACUGCUGAAGGGCCUGGCCGCUGUUAAGAAGUUCAGCAUCUUGAUCGAGGUGUCACUCGCCAAAAUUGAGAAGGUUUUCUCCAAGCUUCUGUAUCCCAUUGUCCGGGGAGCCGCCUUGUCUGUCCUCAAGUAUAUGCUCCUGACCUUCCAGCACUCCCAUGAGGCCUUCCACCUGCUCCUCCCUCACAUCCCCCCAAUGGUGGCCUCUCUGGUCAAGGAGGACUCCAACUCGGGGACCAGCUGCCUGGAGCAGCUGGCGGAGCUGGUUCACUGCAUGGUGUUCAGGUUCCCCGGCUUCCCGGAUCUGUAUGAACCCGUCAUGGAGGCCAUCAAGGACCUCCAUGUUCCCAAUGAGGACCGAAUCAAGCAGCUGCUGGGGCAGGAUGCCUGGACCUCGCAGAAGAGUGAGCUGGCUGGCUUCUACCCCCGGCUCAUGGCCAAGUCAGACACUGGCAAGAUUGGUUUAAUCAAUCUGGGCAACACGUGCUAUGUGAACAGCAUCCUUCAGGCCUUGUUCAUGGCUUCCGAUUUCAGACACUGUGUGCUCCGUUUGACUGAGAACAACUCCCAGCCCUUGAUGACCAAGCUGCAGUGGCUCUUCGCCUUCCUGGAGCACAGCCAGCGGCCUGCCAUUUCUCCAGAGAACUUUCUAUCUGCAUCCUGGACACCCUGGUUCAGCCCUGGCACCCAGCAGGACUGCUCGGAGUACCUGAAGUACCUGCUGGAUCGGCUGCACGAAGAGGAGAAAACGGGGACGAGGAUCUGCCAAAAGCUGAAGCAGUCCAGCUCGCCCUCGCCGCCCGAGGAGCCCCCCAGCCCGAGUCCAACCUCGGUGGAGAAGAUGUUCGGGGGCAAGAUUGUGACUCGGAUAUGCUGUCUCCGCUGCCUUAACGUCUCCACCAGGGAGGAGGCCUUCACGGACCUGUCUCUUGCCUUUCCCCCGCCUGAGCGCUGCCGCCGCCGCCGCCUGGGCUCAGUGAUGCUCCCUGCAGAGGACGUCGGCGCCCAGGACCUCCCUUCGCCAUCGCGAGCCCAGGCGCCAAGCAGGGCGGCUCCUCGGAGGCAGAGGAAACACUGCAUCACAGGGGACGUUCCCCCCACCGUCCUUAACAUUGAAGGCCUGGGCCCCCAGGGCCCCGAGGGGCAGAGCAGUCAGGAGGAGGUGGCAAAGGAGGAGGAAGAGGAGGAGGAGAAGGCGGAGAAGGUGGAAAAGGAGGAGAAAGUGGAGAAGGAGGCCGAGAAGGAGAAGGAGGCGGAGAAGGAGAAGGAGGCCGAGAAGGAGGAGGACGGCCUGGGCCCAGGGACCCUCAGAAAUGCUUCUGCCCCAUCUGGGGAGGGUUCCCGCUCGGUCCUGGACCUGGUCAACUACUUCCUGUCGCCCGAGAGGCUGACGGCAGAGAACCGCUACCGCUGCGAGUCGUGCGCCUCCCUGCAGGAUGCCGAGAAGGUGGUGGAGCUGAGCCAGGGGCCGCGCUACCUCAUCCUGACCCUGCUGCGCUUCUCCUUCGACCUGCGCACCAUGCGGCGCCGCAAGAUCCUGGACGACGUCUCCAUCCCCCUGCUGCUGCGGCUGCCGCUGGCCGGGGGCCGGGGCCAGGCCUACGACCUCUGCAGCGUCGUGGUGCACUCCGGGGUGUCCUCGGAGAGCGGCCACUACUACUGCUACGCUCGCGAGGGUGCGGCCCGCCCAGCCCCGAACACGGGAGCGGCUGAUGGGCCCGAGCCCAACAACCAGUGGUACUUGUUCAACGACACCCGGGUGUCCUUCUCCUCCUUUGAGUCUGUCAGCAAUGUCACCUCCUUCUUCCCCAAGGACACCGCCUAUGUGCUCUUUUAUCGGCAGCGGCCCCGGGAGGGGCCUGAGGCUGAGCCCGGCUCUCCCCGAGCCCGGGCAGAGCCCACCCUCCACAAAGACUUGAUGGAAGCCAUUUCCAAAGACAACAUCCUUUUCCUGCAGCUUCCGGCCCCAUCCCCAUCUGUAUUUCCAGGAGCAGGAGAAGGAGGCGCGGAGCAGGGCGGCCUACAUCUCUGCACUCCCCACAUCUCCACACUGGGGGAGGGGCUUUGACGAAGACAAAGAUGAGGAUGAAGGCCCUCCGGGGGGCUGCAGCCCUGCAGGUGGCAGCGGUGGUGACUUCCACAGACUGGUCUUCUAAUGGGAACCCUCAUCCCCUGGCCUGCUAAGCACUUGUGAGGGUGCCACAGGCAACCUCAGUGGGGGGGACCCAGGUCCCGGGCAGAGGUGCUCGGCCAGGUGGGGUCUGAGGGAGGCUGCGCAGGUCCAGUCCUGAAGGCAGGCCCUUCCGAGGGCCAGAGAGAUGGAGCAGGGGGGGCUCCUGGGCCCCUGCCCUCAGCCCAAAGGGCACACGGAGAUUCACUCAGAUACGGAGGUGAGACCCAAGCCCCUUAAACCGGGCCUCAGGCCCCGACACUGGGAUCAGCCCCGUUAAGACUGACUGACACCCAAGUGUCCUGGUCAGCUUGAAGCAGCUGAGAUGGACACUCUCUGGGCCUUGUCCCCUACCCGCUGCAGGCUAUCCCACAGGGCUGAACGUCACAGCGCUGGUGUUUGUUUUGCCAUCAAGUAGCAGUUCCUUCCCAGCUCCUUUCAGACAAUCUUGUUUCUCUGUGGUCUACAAAGCAGAGGCAGAGCCAAGCCCUCGCACAAAGAAGGCGGCUGUGUGUCACCCCUCUGGCCGCCUUCUGGUUUCUCUGAGGGGCCUGAGGCAACAUCUGUGGGUGCCUACACUGUUUGUUUGUACUUUUCCUGAGAGGAGUGUAGGUGGGAAGCAGCCUGGCACAGGACCAGAGACUGUCCUCCCAACAUCAAGCAACAACGCACAGAGGGGAGGACAGCCUCUUGAGCCUCUCUCCUGCCUCAGUGCCUGAGAUGCCACCAUUUGCAUCCCCCUUCUGGUUAAGAGAGAGCGCGUCCUGAGGUUCCUGCAAGUACGUUUGUGUUUCUCACGACAUUUGUCCUGAGGGAAGCUGGCUGGCUCAGCGCCUCAGCAGUUGGCCGUCAUCAUGGGGCCGGUCUGGUGAGGAGCAGAUAUUGACCUCAUUGUGCCCUGACCCUGCUGUACCCCUUCUAAAUGGAGAGAAGAGAACCAGGGUCUCAAACAGGAAUAAAAACAGGUUCUCUGAAGCCUUUAAAGCAGUCGUUCUUCCCGCCUCAGUCACUGGCUGUGAGGUAGGCUCUAACCCUUGGUUUCUUGCUGUGUCUGGACAGGAAGGAGGGGACACCACCCCCUGCCCCGCUGACUUGUGUGCUGCCCCGGGGAAGGCAAGCAUGCCCGACACUGAAGUGCUGUGUAACUCAAUCAACAGUGAGGACUGGUGGUGGGGAUGUGCCCAGAUAGAUAGGGGUGGAGGGGUGGGUGCACAGGCUGGGAGCCACCCUAACAGGAUACUGUUAAGGGACUCUGUCAGGUGGGGCUGGAGCUCCUCCAGACCCCAGGAACUCUGGGCUGCUCAGAGACUGCUGCUGCUACCACAUUCCUCCCUUCUUACCUCUGAGAAUCUGGGGUGGGCUGGGCUCAGGCAGGGAGGAAAGUAGGCGGCAGCCCUCAGGUUCCAGCCAUCUUGGAGCUUGGGACUGCAGUGGCCUGGCCGGGGGCUUCAGGGGCUGCAGGUGGAGGAGUUUUGGCCCAAAAGCCAUAGACCCUUGAGACCUCAGGGACCAGCGAAAGUGGGCCGACAGUCGUCUGUCAGAGACAGAGUCAUGCUCAGAAUUCAUCUCUUUGGUCCAUUGAGCCUCCUAAGAAAGAUGAAUUGGCAGAUGUUACUACACUUUCCAUUUCACGCACCAGGAGUACAAUUUCCGAGGUAAGGAAGAUUCUCAGCCAAGAAAGGUACCCAGUUAGUUCCUGU